ACAACCAGGUCGUCAAUAGACGCGCCGGAAUGCACCAACGUCUCGUAAUAGUCCGGAAUGAUGAUGGCGCCAGGUGGAAGGGCCGAAUUCAUGUAACCAGCGGGCAUCGAGUCGAAAAAUGCAGCAUUUCGUGCGUCACUGCGCUUCUGCUCGUCCAGAGUCUCGAUGUAAGGGUCUGGUGGCAGGGGAUCAACGGUAUAUUGUUCAUAAAUGUUCGUUGAGACUGGCGGGGCCGCGGUUUUACCAUCAGCAGCCGGAGCAACUCGACGGCUACUGGUAGCAUCGCGCAUGCGGGAGCGCACCUCGGGGGAAAUAGACAUCAACUCCUGGACGGAGUUCUCGAUUUUCGUGUCCAUUAUGCGCCCAAAUACAGCGUCGGCGUGUUUCUCGUCGUAAACCGGGGCUGAGGAGCGAUAGGCCAGUUCGUUUUUCUUGGUUACUGGGGCGGGAACUCGUGCGCCAAAAUUGCGGUCUCGUGGUGGCGCAUAAGCGGCGUCUCUUGCGCGGGCAUACGGAUGCUCGGGCACGGCGUUGGUCGGAGAAGCAGCGGGUGCAGGGGCAGGAGCUAGAACCGGAGCACGGGCCGGCGUAGCAACAGCAGGGGCUGGAAUACGAGCUGGGGGCGGUGUCGAGUGAAUUGCCUGUUCAGGAGCUUCGACAGGAUCCCCAGAUCGACUGCCAGCUUCGAUUGCCGCGCGGGCUUGUUGUCGAGUACGGACGGCCCAAAUUUCGCGUUCUAGCUGCUCCAAACGUUCAGAAUCCGUCAGAGAAAGCGUGGACACAGGGGGACUCUGUUUAUUGGACGAAAGGAAAUUCGUCGAGACGUCCUGGUAAUUCGUAGCGGCUGUUUGUCCGGGGUUCUGCCGGUGCCAUUCGUCGAAUCGAGCGCGUAAAUUGACUCCUGUGACACGGCGUGGGAUGUAGGCGCCGCUAGGGAGGACAACUUGUCCUUCAAUAUUACGUUUGCACUUGCCUGCGCGUAUGUCAUCCUCAACACGCGGACAGCGCGCAAUAAAAUGGCCGGGUUCACUGCAAUAUGAGCAGUUCGAGUCGCGUGGAGGUGCAGGGUAUGAGGGCAACGGCGUGGUAGAUGAAACGGUGGGCGCAGGGCCCAAGCGAGCGGCGUUCUGCGCAACGAGGAGCUUGAGGAUUUCGCCCAGAAUGGCCGAAUUUGGGUCGGCUUCGGACUUGACAGUGGCCGGCGACGAGGCGGCUGGAGGCGCCGUGCUCUGAAACGAAAAUGAGCCCGUGGAAUC